UCCCUCUUUUUUCUGAGUACUUUCUUUUUAAUUUUCUCUCUCCUCUUUCUCUCUCUUCUAAUUUUGCUGAUUAAUUACAACUUAUUUGUGUUUUGAUUGUUAGAUUCUGAUUAUAAUGGUGAUUUUGAUUUGAGGAAUUGUGUUAUUUUUUGGAUUUUGAUUGGUUUGGUUUUGGUUUUUGAUCAGGAAUUUUUGAACUAAGGUUAACCUAAUUGUUGAAUUUGUUCGUGAUUUGAUGUUUGUAAUGUUGUUAAUUGUGAUUUUGGGGAUUCGAUUGAAGUAUUACUAAACUGGAAUUACUACUGACUGAACAAACUGAUGUAACUACGAAAUGAGCUAUGAGUAUAAUAGUGUUGAUGUAGACGGGAUUCGAUCUCAAUAUUUUGGACGAAUUUUAGUAUUUAACUAUUAGUUGGCAUUCAUACGAUUAAGUUAGUUGACAUUCACAUUUAUAAAAUUUGAGACUAAAUUGACAAGUCGUUAACAUUUGACAUUUCAUUGUAUUGUUAUGCUUGUGUUUUGGAUCAUCUGAAAAUGAAAUCGUGUGUACGUUGGAGGUUCUGGUAGGAGAAAUUUCGGUAGUAGUAAUUGUUUUGUAGUGAUGAGAUGAUUUUAAUCCGGAAAAUAGCUUCGAAGAAUCUAAUGAUGAACAUGUAUUUGUGUGAAAUCUUUAUCAUGUUGGUGCAUUUAUGAGCUUUAAUUUGUUUAUGGAGGCUUCAUGCAGUUAGUAUGCCAUUUUGAUUCAUGAAUGUAUGAUUCGACAAUGAAAUUUGAACGUAUGCCCAAUUGCCCAGCUGAAUUUGUUUGAUUUUAUCUGUAGUAAUGGUGUACUUAUGUCAAUUUUGUAUCUGAAUCUGUUAGUUUUUAUCUAUAGUGAUGGUGUAAUUCUAUCACUUUUUGUAGAGGACAUGCUUUUUUGAUAGUCUUUUUAUGGUGUCUGCUUGAUUGAUUUUGGUUGAACACCCUCCUUCCCAAUGCAAUUUCUGGCUUUUAAUCUUUGAUCCGCUGACAUGUGUAAGAGAGUCCGAAUAUGUAUGGUGUCUUAGCUAUGGUGUUCCGAGGGUAUCUAGCAAGUUAUCCCUUCCCACUGCAGCAAGUUGUGAUAAAAUUUUGAAUGAUUAUUUGAACUGUCUUACCAAUCUGUUGUGAACUGCAAGCUAUCUGUGACCCUAUUUCGCUGUUAACAGAUGCUUUCAUGCUAACUUAAUGCCUUUUGGAUACCCUUGCAAUGUGUUUGGGUGAGAGAAUUAUAAGGGAGACAAAAGGGAGGGAAAGUAAUGGAUUCAUAUUACUAUAUCUGGAUAUGAAUUGGUGAAGAGAGGGGAAGGGAAAUGGAGAGAGCCAAUAACCUUUGCCUUUUACUAAACCAAAUGUUGCAAAGCUCAAAAGAUUUGAAGAGAAAACAUAAGCUCAUUUCUCUCUCUAUGUCCCUCACUUCCCCUUUAUAUUUUAAUGCACUGUUUGUGUUGGGGGUCUCACAUCCUUAUUUUUGGAGGAAGCUUAUUGUUGGAAGCAGUUUGGUGUCAUGGAUAUAGAUCUUAGGCUACCAUCUGGGGAAGAAGAAGAUCGGCAAGAUGAAGAUCUAACCACUGAUAGUAAUUUGUUGGACAGAGAAGACAGAUUAGAUAACAGCGGGGAUGCAGAGACUGUUCUUGUUGUUCCAGAUGUGCAUGCUGAAGAGGAACUAGCUCUGAAUUCUAUCACACCAGAUCUGGUUGAAUAUAAGGAAGAUGUGAAUCUAGAGCCUCUACAUGGUAUGGAAUUUGUAUCUCAUCAGGAAGCAUAUGCUUUUUACCAGGAAUAUGCCAGGUCAAUGGGAUUUAACACAGCCAUUCAAAAUAGUCGUCGUUCAAAGACAUCAAGAGAGUUCAUAGAUGCAAAAUUUGCAUGUUCUAGGUAUGGGACCAAAAGGGAGUAUGACAAAGGCAAUCGGCCCCGUAUUCGACAAUGUAAUAAGCAAGAACCUGAAAGUGCUACUGGCCGUCGAUCAUGUGGUAAGACGAACUGCAAAGCAAGCAUGCAUGUAAAAAGGAGGCCAGAUGGAAGGUGGGUGAUUCAUAGUUUUAUCAAGGAGCACAACCAUGAACUUUUACCUGCUCAAGCGGUCAGUGAGCAAACGAGAAAGAUGUACGCUGCUAUGGCUAGAAACUACGCCGAAUAUAAAAAUGUGGUUGGGCUAAAAAAUGACGCAAAGAUCCCCUUUGAUAAGAACCGCAAUUUGUUACUAGAAGCAGGGGAUGCUAAGCUGUUGCUUGACUUCUUCACCCAGAUGCAAAAUGUGAAUUCUAACUUCUUUUAUGCUGUUGAGCUGAGUGAUGAUUUGCGAUUGAAGAGUUUAUUAUGGAUUGAUGCCAAAAGUAGGCAUGAUUACGUAAGUUUUAGUGAUGUGGUCUCCUUUGAUACAACCUACAUUAGAAACAAGUAUAAAAUGCCUCUUGCUCUUUUUGUUGGGGUCAAUCAACACUAUCAGUUCAUGCUGCUUGGAUGUGCUAUUGUUUCUGAUGAAACCCCAGCAACAUAUUCAUGGAUAAUGCAGACUUGGUUGAAAGCAAUGGGUGGACAAGCUCCCAAAGUAAUCAUUACUGAUCAAGAUGAUGCUAUUAAAUCAGCUGUUUCUGAAAUUUUUCCAAAUACUCGCCAUUGCUUUCAUUUGUGGCAUAUUCUGGGAAAGGUUUCAGAGAAUCUUGGUCAUAUUAUUAAGAAGCAUGAGAAUUUUAUGGCUAAGUUUGACAAAUGUAUUUAUAGGUCAUGGAGUGAUGAAGAAUUUGAGAAGAGGUGGGAGAAGCUUGUUGUAAGAUUUGAACUCAAUAAGGAUGAUGAGUGGAUUCGCUCACUUUAUGAUGACCGUAAAUUAUGGGUUCCAACGUACAUGAAGGAUUCCUUUUUAGCUGGCAUGUCAGUUGUCCAGCGAUCCGAGAGUGUUAAUUCUUAUUUUGACAAGUAUGUACAUAAAAAGACUACGGUGUCAGAUUUUAUAAAGCAAUAUGACACCAUCAUUCAAGAUAGGUAUGAAGAGGAAGCCAGAGCAGAUUCUGAUACAUUGAAUAAACAGCCAGCUUUAAAAUCUCCAUCUCCGUUUGAGAAGCAUAUGUCAACUUUAUAUACACAUGCAAUGUUCAAGAAAUUUCAAGUUGAGGUAUUGGGUGCUGUUGCCUGUCAUCCUAAGAGAGAAAGACAAGAUGAGCUGAUCAUAACUUUCAAGGUUCAAGAUUUUGAAAAGAAUCAAGACUUUGUGGUUACAUGGAAUGAAAUGAAAUCAGAAGUUUCUUGCAUAUGCCAUUUGUUUGAGUACAAAGGUUUCCUUUGUAGACAUGCAAUGAUUGUUCUCCAAAUCUGUGGACUUUCCAUGAUUCCACCUCAAUACAUAUUGAAGCGGUGGACAAAAGAUGCCAAAGAGAGGCAUUUGAUGGGAGAAGUGAUGGAACAAGUACCAUCUCGAGUCCAACGGUAUAAUCACUUGUGUAAUCGGGCAAUGAAAUUAAGUGAAGAAGGGUCAUUAUCCCAAGAGAGUUACAAUCUCGCCCUCCGUGCUCUAGAUGAAGCAUAUACCAAUUGCAUUGGUGUGAAUGAUGCUUGCAAGACACAUAUGGAAGUUGGAACAUCAGCUACUCAUGGGCUUCUCAGCAUUGAGGAUGGCAGUCCUAGCAGAAGUUUUAGCAAGGCCACAAAAAAGAAGAAUCCGACCAAAAAACGGAAGAUGAACACUGAAGCAGAGGCUAUGGCUAUUGGGUCACAGGAUGGCUUGCAACAAAUGGAUAAGUUAGGCUCCAGACCAGUUACCACUCUUGAUGGAUUCUAUGGCACACAGCCGGGUGUGCAAGGAAUGGUGCAACUGAAUUUGAUGGCUCCAACACGUGAGAAUUACUAUGGAAAUCCAGCUGCUAUUCAAGGACUUGGACAAUUGAACUCAAUAGCACCUAGCCAUGAGGGUUACUAUGGUCAACAAAGCAUGCAUGGGCUGGGGCAGAUGGAUUUCUUCCGCACACCAACUGGUUUCCCUUAUGGUAUUCGGGAAGAGGCCAAUGUCAGGCCUGCACAAUUGCAUGACGAUGGAGCUAGACAUUCUUAAAAGAUAUCCUUUACCCUUUCGCCCUAUCAAAAUAGCUCAUUCUGGUGAUUGGAGCAUGAAGGGACUUAUGGAAAUUGGAAAAUGUGCUUAUCUGGAAUUGAAGAUUGAAGCUCCUCUUGAUGUUGUGCAAUUUGAAAGAUGCACAGAAAUGGCGUGCUCCUUCCUGAUGUCUGUGAAAUAUGGGAGACAAUGAUAUUGCUUUAGUUUCAUGUGAAAGUAGACUUGGGGCUUUGCAAUCACUCAUAUCAUUCUAGCAUUAGAUUUUAAAUGUUCAACCUGUUGUAACUUGUAUAAUUUAUACAUGCAUGUAUUUAUAAUAAGUGUAAUUUGCAGCCAUUAUGAUUUUUGAAAGCAAAGUAAGGUUUCAUGCUUUUCUAUUGGUGCUGUUUUCUUAGUAAAGGCAUUGGAUCAGGUUGCUUCCAUCUGCAAUGUUGUAGACUGAUCCUGAAGUGAUCGAGGCGUCACAACUCCGAUAUUCAUAAUCAGUUGUCCAAGAGUGUGGACACGUUGACACGUUGUGCUGCAAGGACAGUUGCUAAAAGGCCCCUUGAUAUUGAAGGAUAACUGUACGGGAUAAUCAAUCACCCAUCUAUCUAGUUUCCAUCGCUAGAAAAUACUGUACUCACUUCAAGUGUCUUUUUGUAUGAAGUCUACAUCGGGCUACUCCAUUAUGAACGUGUUUAAGUCUCAACUCUGCGAAACUAAAAUUGCACCAGGCUUGUGGUGAACUGAAUAUAUCCCAAGUGCUUGAUUCGUACGGUGUAUAUUUAGGGGAGAAGUAAUGGAAGAGAACUAGAGAUGAGCCUUAUGGAAAGGGAAGAAUUGUACUUCUCUUUUCGUUCUAAAUGUUCCCAUGGGGGAUAAAAAAAAAACAUUGGUACUUUGUGAUAAUAUAAAAUACUACCUUCAAUUUAUUUC